CGGGUUGUUGUGAGGCGACUGCGCUACCGCCGGACCCGAGCGGUUAUGGCGGCUCCGUAUUAACACCCUCCUCCUCCUCCUCCCUCUCCUCCUCCUCCUCCUUCGCCGUCUCCUCCUCCUCCUCUCCCUCCCGCCCGCGCUCGGAAGCCCGACUCCCCCUUCGCCCCGACGCCGGCCUCUUCCCCUCGCCUGUCCCCCCUCCCCUCUGCGACCAUGCCCGGCAUGAUGGAGAAAGGGCCCGAGUUACUGGGGAAGAGCCGCUCGGCCAACGGCAGCGCCAAGAGCCCGGCGGGCAGCGGCGGCAGCGGCGCCUCCUCCACCAACGGCGGGCUGCACUACUCGGAGCCCGAGAGCGGCUGCAGCAGCGACGACGAGCACGGUGAUGUUGGGAUGAGAGUCGGAGCUGAAUACCAAGCUCGGAUCCCCGAAUUUGAUCCAGGUGCAACAAAGUAUACAGAUAAAGACAAUGGAGGGAUGCUUGUAUGGUCUCCCUAUCACACUGUCCCAGAUGCCAAAUUGGAUGAAUAUAUUGCAAUUGCAAAGGAGAAACAUGGCUACAAUGUCGAACAGGCACUUGGCAUGUUGUUCUGGCAUAAGCAUAACAUUGAGAAGUCACUUGCUGAUCUCCCUAAUUUCACUCCCUUUCCGGAUGAGUGGACGGUGGAAGAUAAAGUCCUAUUUGAACAAGCUUUUAGUUUUCAUGGGAAGAGCUUUCACAGGAUUCAGCAAAUGCUUCCAGAUAAGACAAUUGCAAGCCUUGUAAAAUAUUACUAUUCUUGGAAAAAAACUCGCUCUAGGACAAGUUUAAUGGAUCGACAGGCUCGUAAACUAGCCAAUAGACAUAAUCAGGGUGACAGUGAUGAUGAUAUGGAAGAAACACAUCCAAUGGAUGGAAAUGAUAGUGAUUAUGAUCCUAAAAAAGAAGCCAAGAAAGAGGGUAAUACUGAACAACCUGUCCAAACUAGCAAAAUUGGCCUUGGAAGGAGAGAGUAUCAGAGUUUACAACAUCGCCAUCAUUCUCAACGUUCUAAGUGCCGUCCUCCAAAAGGCAUGUAUUUAACCCAAGAAGAUGUAGUAGCUGUUUCCUGUAGCCCCAAUGCAGCCAACACCAUCCUGCGGCAACUGGAUAUGGAGUUGAUCUCUCUAAAGCGUCAGGUUCAGAAUGCUAAACAAGUAAAUAGCGCACUUAAACAGAAAAUGGAAGGUGGAAUUGAAGAAUUCAAACCUCCUGAGUCAAAUCAGAAAAUUAAUGCCCGUUGGACCACAGAGGAGCAGCUUCUAGCAGUGCAAGGUGUCCGCAAAUAUGGUAAAGAUUUUCAAGCUAUUGCAGAUGUAAUUGGCAACAAGACUGUUGGCCAAGUGAAGAACUUCUUUGUAAACUACAGGCGUCGGUUUAACUUAGAGGAGGUAUUGCAGGAGUGGGAAGCAGAACAAGGAACCCAGGCUUCUAAUGGUGAUGCUUCUACUUUAGGGGAGGAGACAAAAAGUGCUUCUAAUGUGCCAUCAGGGAAGAGCACUGAUGAAGAAGAGGAGGCACAGACCCCACAGGCUCCUCGGACUCUGGGUCCAUCACCUCCUGCCCCAUCAUCCACUCCAACACCAACAGCCCCCAUUGCCACUCUGAACCAGCCUCCACCACUUCUUCGUCCAACACUGCCUGCUGCCCCUGCUCUUCACCGGCAGCCUCCUCCACUCCAGCAGCAGGCUCGGUUCAUCCAGCCCCGGCCAACUCUAAAUCAGCCUCCACCACCUCUCAUUCGGCCUGCUAAUUCCAUGCCACCCCGCCUAAACCCAAGACCAGUGUUGUCCACAGUUGGUGGUCAACAGCCACCAUCACUUAUUGGAAUUCAGACAGAUUCACAGUCCUCACUGCACUAAAAAUUAAAUUGGACAGUGCUGCAGUAACUUUACCCCACUAUUAUACCAAUGCUCCUCUGACUGAUGUAAAAGAGGAAAGAAUAAUCUUUCCUAGAUUCUGAGUUCUGCAGAAUUAGUCUGCAGACUAGAUCUGUGGCAGUGGACUAGUAUUCAUGGAUGUCUGAUUUUUCAGUUCACUAAACUAAAAUGUUAUACAACAAAAAGCCUCCAGUUAGCCUCCUUUCUAGAAUGUUUUCACCAUUGUGAUCUCAUGAAAGGAAAAAACAAAAAAAAAUUUAGUAUUCUGUAUACCAAGGGUUUUUUGUUUUUUUUUUUACUAUAUUUAUUUUAUUAAAGUUCUUUCUAUUCCUGCCUCUUCAUAGUCAAGGCUCUUAGUACCAGAAUAUUAACUUAGGAAUUGUGAGAACACCUUAAGUUUCUUAAGGAUAUUUGGCUUUUUUCUUCUUUUAUUUAAUUUUUAAAAACAUUUUUCCUAUGUUAGGAGUGCAAGAAUAAAUAGUUGGCAUCUCAGAUUUUGAUAUAUGUUCAUUUUAUUCCUAUUUUUAAAAUUAUAGAUCUAUAUCCCUUUUUUCAAAAUAUGUUGCUUUCUUCCUAAAGGAUUAUAAUGUAUCCCUUUAAAAGAAAGCAAUUUAAUCAAUUGCAAAGCAAUUAUAUGAAACCACAAAGAAUGUAUUGACCCUACUACCCUUGAACAUACAGUUUAGGGUUCUAGUGCAAAGUCCUUGUUUAAAGGUCACUGACCUCACCAUCUGUCAUUAAUAAGAGGUUUGGAAUACUAAUUUUACAUAUAAAUGAGGACUUAAUUUGUUGAAUUAUAAUGUCUUUUAAGAUCCUUGAAAAUGUAGUUAAUUUUGGAAAAAAGUUUAUGUUUCUAAAUGCUACUUGCUUUUAACUAGUACUUGCCUACAUUUACAGACUUUAGAAAAAAUUCUAUUUUGUCAGUUAUGUAGAGAUGGUGGUUAAUAGAAGCAUUUAUUUACAAUACCAUUUUUUGUGUUUAGCUUCUUAAGAUUGCCCUCAUACUUAUUAAUAUAGUCUGCAUUUAAUAUGAAGGGUGUGUUCUUGAUAAAUCUCUAUUGUACUACUUGGAUACAUUUGUGUAUUCCUGGCAGCCAACCUGUACUUGUGGGUUUGAUUUAGGGUUAAAUCACCAACAUUGUUUCAUAAAAUGAAUUUUAAAAUUUGUUCUGUGUUAUCUAAAGGUGUAUGAGUAUAUUGCCAUAAUUGUGUUGUUUACUUGAGACCCUUUUUAUAAAGAAAAACUUCAAGAAGUCUUAAUUCAACAAAUAAUCAUUAAGCACCUGCAAAAAUUAUUUUAGAAGUGGUAGUAUUUCAACAGUGUGUAACCAGUAUUUUUGACAGAAUGAUUUCAUAUUGGAAUCAUGACUUGUGCAGAGGGACACUUAGAUUGCAAUAGUAGUGAAACAUAAGGCUGUUUUGCACAUUACCUUAUCACACUUAAAGCUACUUCACUAAACAGUCAGCAUCAUAUGACCUAAUUUAGGUUUUGAGAGGUCAUGUAUUCCCACAAUACUGGAAAAAAUAAUCCCUUCCAUUGGCUCUAUUCCUUACAGGGCUAUUGGUUUAUCCAUUGGUAUUAAUUUUCAAAUUAGACGAUUUCCUUUACAUAAAGACACUUCAGACAAAGAUCAAAAACAUCUUGUGCAGUAUAUAUCCCAUUUACUCAUUGGAUCAUCUUAAAUAGUUCUUGUCCCUGGAUCAUACCAGCUGAAAUAUAACUGAUUUUAAAUAAUGCUAAAGAAUUUAUACAUAUUUUACUUUAAAAGCCAUGGGGGACAGUUAUAUCCUAAAGCAUUUAGAUUGCCUUGCAUAUGUGCAUACUAAACAGCUUUUCUUGUCUGGUCUUUAGUCAGUAGACCUUCAGUACACAGUACCUAGGGUAUGUCAGUCAAGUUGGUCAGCACCAGCAUCUGUCCAGCUGUUCAGUGUAUUGUAACUCAUUUAAAAUCUGCUCUUUCCAAGACAUGGGCCAAGUGCUGUAUCUGAGGGAUGUGGUGUAAUCUUAUUUACAUACACUAGAGCACACAGUAGAAAAACCUUAGCUUCAUUAGUAAUAUGACAUGUAUAUAGUGAGAUGUCAUUAUUGUGUGCUUUGCAUAUUUUGUAAAUAUUUUGCACGUCAUUAUUUUCCUUUUUUGUUUAAGCAGUGUUUGGCCUGGAAGAAUAAUAUGCUUGCUGCUUAAUCAAAGGAUUAAAGAUUUAAAGAUGUCUAUGUCUUCUAUUUUUAUAUAAUUUUAUGUUGUAUGAAGAAUUUAGGACCUCUUCACUGUGAAAUUCUAAAUAAUUGAUUUUUAUAAAAGCAAAACAUAGAAGUCUUUUAAUGACCGUUUUCAUUAAUUUCAAGAUUAUCUUUUGAAAAAAAUCUACACCAAAGUGUUUUUAUUACAUAAGUAAAAAUAAACCAUGCUGUUGAUGCAUCUGGAAAAGUUAAUGAAAAACUUUUUCUAUAUGACUUAAUUCCAGUGUAAUAUGGAUGGAGGCAAAGGUUAAAUUAUGAUCAAGAUUUGUUCUUAAUCUUACAAUUAAAUGAGAAAAAUAGACUAUAAAAUAAAAGUGAAAGAU